AUGUCUCAAGGUUCGUUUGUCAAUAUCUACGCCUGCCGCUGCCGCGAGGAGCAGCGGUCGGUCCAACCGCGCGGCUGUCUUUCCGUCUUCAGCACCUGGAUGCCCGCGCCCAACUCUCCUCCUCAGCUGCCACGUCAGUACAUCCCAGAGCUGUGUCCGAAGUGCCUCCGGGUCUACGACCUGAGACAGCAAUACGGGCUAAUGGACAGCAGCAGUGCACGUCGGCAGCGAGAGCGCCGUCACGUCGAGGACACGGCCGUUCCCAGCGACGCCAUCGGUGUUGCCAUAUCAGCCCCGGAGGCCACCCCAGCCGUUCCGACCGUCCGUCCGCCAAAGACUGCCGUGUGUGCUCCUGUACCAAGUGCCAGGGGCACCACUGGAACAGGGCCCCGGGGCCCUGCCCACUACUCACAGCGGAGACAGUCUGAGCCAGUUCCCGGCCGUAGCAGAACCGAACACAGAAGGUAUGCCAGCAUCCCCAGCGUCUCUCGGCCACCACCGGCCAGACCGCCACCGGCCGAGCCUCUCUGGGGCCCCGGCCCGUCUGCACCCUCACGGCCACCUCCCGCUCGCACGCCGAACAAGCUGCAAAAGCGCAGCUCAACCAGCCCGCCCAGCACGAGUCGUCCAGCCGGCGACAACAGCCACCCAACCAAGCCGUCGCGGGCCAAAGAAGCUGCAGCCAAAUCAGGGCUUCGGGUGGACACGGCUCACCGACGAUCCCGUCUAUCGACGCGUGUUCUCAGCGUACUGACACCCAGGGCCAUGGAGAGCGAUGAAUCCCUCGUCUGCCGGGAUGCCCGGCGGAUCGAGUCGGGACGGUAA